UAUCAACUCUUUAAUCUCCUAUACAAUAAACUGAUAUUGUUUACAGAACAAACAAACAGCCGUGCCCUCGGCAGCCCAGUUUAGGCUCAGCUAUGCGAAGGGGUCCUGAAUCAGGGGCCGCAGCCUAAUCGAUGCGAGACGCGUCAAGCCGCAUCACGCGUUUGGCCUCCGCGACGCGUCGUUCCAAAUUCCUCGCCGACCCCUGCGACACCGCCACACCGCCAGGAGUCGGCGGGCGCCGGUCUGACAGCUCGGCGCGGGAAACUGUUAUAACGUUCUCUGCUCGCCUUCUCCGUUCUUGCGAAUCCCCCUCGAUGCAACUUAUUCGCGCUGGCCGUAGCUGAAUCAUGAAGCUCUCGCUACUACUGCCGUUAUCAGCCCUGGUGCUCGUCUGCUCCGACGCCGCAUUUGCGCUUCCGCACCAGCACCAUGCCCACUACCGCAAGCAUCUGCCGACCUCGUUCUCGACAAAGACCGUGACGGCGACAAAGCUCGCGGUACGCGACGACGGCUUCGUGCAGCAGCAAAGUACAGAUAACGUCGUGAUUGCGUACGUUACCACGACGGUCAGCAGUCUGCCCGGGUUCGUCGCGGCGGAUUCGACUUUAACGACAGCUACAACGUCCUCGUCGUCGUCGACAGACUCAAUGGUGCAGGCCGCGGUGGUUUCUACGACAUCUUCAACCACCUCAGACGCAAUGAUGACGACUUCGAGUAGUUCUACUUCAGACGCAAUGAUGGCAGCCACCACCAGCUCCACCGCAAUGGCCGACACUACCACCUCUGCUGCUACCUCGUCCACCACAAAGCUGACCGCAGUCUUCCCCGAUCUCGUCUGCUCGACCGGCACCACUACCUUCUCAUUGUCUGGAUGGACAGCCUCUUCGACUUCCGCUGCAGCGCAGAUGAUGUCGUCUGCUACUACCACUUCUUCGAGCGACACGGCUAUGAUGGCCGUCGCCAGUACAACAGCAACCGCGGCGGCAACAUCGGCGACUACAACUGCCGCCCCUGCCGCGACCACCGGUGCAGACGGCGUAGUCUACGACGUGGUCGAAGUGACUGCGACUGCGACCGCGGUCGAAGUUCUCACUGCAGUGGCUUACGAGACAAUUACUAUGCCUGCGAGCUAGUACCCACGUUCCUUCAAAUUUUGCUACUAUAAUUAAUGACUAAUGACCA